UCUCAAAAAAAUUGUUUUCUUCUGCAACAUUUUUAUACUAAUUCAACAUUUUCAGUGAGAGAAUGGGAGAGAUGGCUUCUCUUUGGAGUUAUGAAGAGCAUGGAGAAAUGGAUCAAUUGGGGCAAAAGCUGCUCUACACGAGUCUUGAACUCGAAAAACUGAAAUCCGAAGCCAUGGAAGAAAUGGGAAAAAACAAAGAAUACGUGAAUCAACUCAUCCAGCUCCUUCAAUUCGCAAUCGACGAGCGAGACGAGGCGCGGAAGCAGCUAGACGACCUGAUCAGCGCCGCCGCCGGCACCGGCACCGAAAUGUUCUACGGCGGCGCCGAUAGCCCUCUGCUCAAUCCGGCGGCGAAGGCGAAUUCGAGCAUAACCGAAUCGAACAGCUUCUCCGAAACUCACAACUACCAGUCCCCCGUGGAAUCCCUCUUCGACGCCGCCGUGUCGCCGCCGCCGCCGAUCAGCGAUCGGGCGGCGCUGGUGGUGGAGAGCCUCGCGAAGGGGAGGGCUCUGCCGCGGAAGGGGAUGCUGCUGCAGGCGGUUCUGCAAGCGGGGCCGCUGCUGCAGACGCUGAUGGUGGCGGGGCCGCUGCCGCGGUGGCGGAAUCCGCCGCGGAUGCGCCCGUUUCAGAUGCCGGCGGUCGGUGAGUUUGCUCCUCGGCAGCAGGUGAUGGGUGGUUCGAUUGGGUCGAAUUUGGGGGAUUUUAGUUUUGGGAAUAAUGCUUCUUUGAUAUCGGCGGCGGCGGUUAGUAGUAAUAGCGGCGGCUGUUUCCGGUUGCCCAAACGCCAAAGGUUCUGUUGAAGUUAUGAUUAUUAUGAGAGCCUACCGUUUUUUGUAUAAUUAGGAGAAGGGAGGAGAAGUGGUGUAAAUGUGAUUUAUAAUACUUGAUGAAUUGAUUAUUUUGAAUGAAAUUAAAGAAAUAUAUUGUGUA